AUGUAUAGAAAUUAUUCUCUGGAUGAUAAAUACAAUCAAGAAUUGUUAAAUGUAGUAGAAGCCUUUGGUGGAGCAAAUUGCAAAUAUUGGACUUAAGUAGCGAGAUUAUUUUAUGAAAGAACAGGAUUAGCUGAGACAAAAAGUUAUAAUUUAAAGAAAAGGUAAACUUAUUUAGAGAAUAUAUAGAUAUUAAAUAUUAACUAAUUAUUCUGAUAAUAUAAAUACAGAAUAGGAAUAAAUAUUAUUUGAAACUGGAAUAAAGUGUAGAGGAUUUACUAAAGCAGGUUUGCAAGAAUUCUAGGCGAAAACUGGAUGUAAGUAAGUUUACAUAUGAAUUUGAGUUUGUAUCUUGGGAGAUAUACAUAAAAGAUUGCAAGAUUUCUUUAGAUUGGUAUAAAAAUUAUUUCCUCUGCUUUUAUUCAUUUAAAAAACAUUAGAAAAAAGAGAUUUGGUUCUUAAUUUCCAAGAAUCUCAUAUGUGGAUAUUUAUAUUAUGUUAAAAGCUGUUGAUAUAAAGGAGAAAAUAGAUGAUCCUAUUUUCAUUGAAUUAUAAAAUAGUGCUAUUUAAUUAGAAUAAUUAUUUUAUUAACAUAUUAAAUGUCAUGAUAAGAAUAUGGAAGAAAGGUUUGAUCAUUAUAUGAAAGUAAUAAAUAGAUUACAAUUUAAAAAGUUAAUGUUUUUUUUAUAUUUUUGUGGAGAAUUAAAACGAAUUAGCUUGAAUAUUUUAGAUAAAACUAGUACUUCUUUUAAUCAUCCCUUAAUUGAAAAUGAUAUUGAACUUAAUAAAUAAUCAAUUUAUUAUUAAUUAUUAAUAUCAUAGAAUGAUUGGAAAUAAAAGUAUGAUCUCUUUUUUAAUUGUACUAAUCAAAUUUAAACAAAUGAUUAAUUUUCAAUGUUAAUUAAAUAAGCUAAAAAUGAUUAAAUAGAUUAAUAUGAUUUAAUACCUAAAAACUAAAAAUAGAUAUCAAGUAGAGUAGCUAAUGCACAAAUUGAAUGUAUUGGUAAGUAAAAAUAACUUAGAUACUUUAGGGGUCAUUAUGUUAAAAAGGGUUAAAUUAAAACAACUGGUUAAACUACAAUAUAUUUUGAUCAUGAUGUUGAUUCUGAAGAAAUUGAAAAUGAUGAUUUUGAAAAAGAAUUAUAAAGAUAAAAGGAAAAAGAAGAAUUUGAAAAAUAACAAGAAUAAUUUAUCAAAAUUUAUAAUCAAAUGUUUUCUAAAGAAGAAUAAGCUGACAAAUUUAAGGAUUUAAAUUAAAAAGAUUUUGAAAAUCAUAAAAAUAACAGGUUAAAAAGAAAAGCAAGAGUACUUUGAAAAUAUAUUUACUUGUUAUUAAAUAAAGUUAUAUUUUGAUUAUACUUUGAAUAGCAUUAUUAAUUAAUAUUAAUUUUAUCCUCAUUUCUAAAAUAUGAUAAANAGAUUUCUUUAGAUUGGUAUAAAAAUUAUUUCCUCUGCUUUUAUUCAUUUAAAAAACAUUAGAAAAAAGAGAUUUGGUUCUUAAUUUCCAAGAAUCUCAUAUGUGGAUAUUUAUAUUAUGUUAAAAGCUGUUGAUAUAAAGGAGAAAAUAGAUGAUCCUAUUUUCAUUGAAUUAUAAAAUAGUGCUAUUUAAUUAGAAUAAUUAUUUUAUUAACAUAUUAAAUGUCAUGAUAAGAAUAUGGAAGAAAGGUUUGAUCAUUAUAUGAAAGUAAUAAAUAGAUUACAAUUUAAAAAGUUAAUGUUUUUUUUAUAUUUUUGUGGAGAAUUAAAACGAAUUAGCUUGAAUAUUUUAGAUAAAACUAGUACUUCUUUUAAUCAUCCCUUAAUUGAAAAUGAUAUUGAACUUAAUAAAUAAUCAAUUUAUUAUUAAUUAUUAAUAUCAUAGAAUGAUUGGAAAUAAAAGUAUGAUCUCUUUUUUAAUUGUACUAAUCAAAUUUAAACAAAUGAUUAAUUUUCAAUGUUAAUUAAAUAAGCUAAAAAUGAUUAAAUAGAUUAAUAUGAUUUAAUACCUAAAAACUAAAAAUAGAUAUCAAGUAGAGUAGCUAAUGCACAAAUUGAAUGUAUUGGUAAGUAAAAAUAACUUAGAUACUUUAGGGGUCAUUAUGUUAAAAAGGGUUAAAUUAAAACAACUGGUUAAACUACAAUAUAUUUUGAUCAUGAUGUUGAUUCUGAAGAAAUUGAAAAUGAUGAUUUUGAAAAAGAAUUAUAAAGAUAAAAGGAAAAAGAAGAAUUUGAAAAAUAACAAGAAUAAUUUAUCAAAAUUUAUAAUCAAAUGUUUUCUAAAGAAGAAUAAGCUGACAAAUUUAAGGAUUUAAAUUAAAAAGAUUUUGAAAAUCAUAAAAAUAACAGGUUAAAAAGAAAAGCAAGAGUACUUUGA